GCGGCCCACAGCUGCGUGCGCGGAAAUCCGUGACAAUGUAGUCAGUAGAGGUGUUUUUUUCAACUUCUUCCAGGAAGUGGACUUUUUGUCUUAUAGUGAAUUGUUGUCAAGUGUAGCACCAGAGUUUCCAGUCGGAGAGAAACGCGUUUAUGGUAAACCUUUCUUGCUGGCUGCCAUGUCUGAAUCUUUGGAGCGGUCCACAAAUAUCAGCCUGUUUAGAGAGCCGGUUGUGAAGAAGCUCUGUGAGGUGUUGGACAAGUCCAGCAAUAAAGGAUGGCGAAAACUUGGAGACAUAGUCAGCAGUGACAGACGGUUUAAAGUCAGCUCAAACGACAUGGAGAUGUGCUCUCUGAAGGUGCUGGAGCUGGAGGGCAGCCCGAGCCGCAUGCUGCUGAGGCUGAUGGGAGAGCGAGGCUGCACCACGGGUCACCUGAUUGACUACCUCCACACUCUGGGCAACUCAGAGGCCCUGCAGUGCCUGAAACCAUCAGCCUUGCAGAUCCUCAUUCAGCCUCAGUCGGUGGCUCUUGUAGCUGGCCACAAUCUGCGCCUCAGCUGCCACGCGGUGGGCAAGUCUCCAGUACAGUACCAGUGGUUCAAGACCAAGGAAGAGGUGCCAAACAACUCAUCUCCAGACCUGGUUAUAAGUCCAGUCCAUCUGAAGGAUGCCGGCUUUUACAUCUGCAGGGUCAACUGUGGAGAUACUUUUGAAUUCAGCCAGUGGGCUCAGGUGGACGUCCUGAAUGUUGCUGUGUCUUGCGGGCAGAGUUAUCAUUCAUUAGAAGGUCGGCUGAAGUUGGUGAUCCAACCUCAGUCCCAGCGGCUACAUGUUGGGGAAAACCUGCUGCUGGAGUGUGGAGCCAUGGGACGGCCGAUCCCCAGAUACCAAUGGCACAGAAAUGGAGUCCCAAUCCCCAACGCCUCAAAGAGGAAACUUUUGAUUCCUCAUGUGAUGCAGGAUCAGCACGGCAGGUACCGCUGUGAGAUCAGCAGCAGCACUGAGAGAAUGUGGACCAAUGAAGUUGACAUUGUGAUAGCACCAAGGAUAUCUGUCCAGAUAUCAGAGGCAAUGGAGUGCUCUGAAGAUGACGUUUACGCCAUUGGAGGAGGUUCCAGUGAAUUUUUUCUAAACAGUAUUCCAGAACAACUUUAUGCAACUGACAAAGUGGCCCUGCUGAUCGGCAACCUGUCUUACCAGAACCACCCGCAGCUCAAAGCUCCCAUGGUGGACGUGUACGACCUCACCAACCUCCUGCGGCAGCUAAACUUCCAGGUGGUUUCACUGCUGGACCUCACAGAGUCAGAGAUGAGAAACGCUGUUGAUGAGUUCCUGUUGCUGCUUCACAAGGGAGUGUAUGGUCUGCUGUACUACGCUGGUCAUGGGUACGAGAACUACGGCAAUAGUUUCAUGGUGCCGGUUGACGCCCCAAACCCGUACCGCUCAGCCAACUGUUUGUGUGUGCAGAGCAUCCUCAAGCUGAUGCAGGAGAAGGAGACGGGCCUCAAUGUUUUCCUGCUGGACAUGUGCAGGAAGCGGAACAUUCAUGAUGAGAGCACUCCAAACAUUGUCUUGAGGGUUACGGCCAACAUUGUCUUUGGAUACGCUACGUGCCAAGACGCCGAGGCCUUCGAGCUGAGCUCCAGUGGCUUCACCAACGGUGUGUUUGUCAAGUUUUUGAAGAAACGACUGCUAGACGAUGAGAAGAUCACCGUGGUGCUCGACAGAGUCGCAGAGGACAUGGGUCAGUUUGAUGCUACGAAGGGGAAGCAGGCUCUGGAGAUCCGCAGUAGUCUGUCAGAGAGGAGAGCGCUGACUGAUCCUAUUCUGCCCGGCGACAGCGCUGAUCUCGCUCACGCUCACAGCCGCCAAUGGGCCAAGGCUCACGAGCUUCCUGAAAGUAUGUGUCUCAACUUUGACUGCGGGGCUCAGAUCAAGUUGGGCUUUGCUGCGGAGUUUUCCAAUGUGCUCGUGAUUUACACUCACAUCGUGAAGAAGCCCGAGGACAUGUCCCUCUGCCAGGCCCACGUCACAGACUUCUCACAGGACCUCGACGUGGAUCCUAAAGAGAUGAACAGAGAGACUCCGGAGGAGACAGGGAUCUACUUUCUGUCCAGCAGCCUGCCGCAGCACUGUCUUUACACCAGAGUCAGCUCGCUGCAGAAGCUCAGGGAGGAACUGGUCUUCACCGUGUGCCUCCAGGGCACCUUCACAGCCAUGGACGACGAUCCUGUCCACUGGACCAAAAGCAUCAAUAUUGGCAAGCCGCUGAUCGCCCGACUGGACCUGCACCGGGCCAUGCGGCGAAAUAGCUGCCUGAAGACGUGUCUGAUGCCUCACAGCCCAUCCCACAGCCCCUGUCACAGCCCCUGUCACAGCCCUGGCCCUGAACACCGCCUCCACCUCCAUCACGGGGCGCACCAGGCCCAGGACUACAGCCGACUGUCACCACAACAUCACUACCUGGACGUCUACGAGCAUCUUCAGGGUGCAGUGGGAGGCUGUGGGGAUUCGUACUACGAAAACCUCAGCCAGUCUCGCUAUGAACCUGCGUACGACUCAGCCGGUGGGCUUUCAAGCUCACCGGGCAGGCUCAGCAUCCCUAUAGAGGCCAGUGACGACAUCACCGAGCUUCAGACUGUGUUCAUCAACAGUCUGCAGCUUCAGCAGCAGUGAAACGGCUGGUGGAUGUCAUCGAUAUUUGUCAUUUGUCUCAUGGUGUAUCGGGAUUACUGCUGCUCUUUCUGUUACAUGUUGUGACCACAUAUGUUUUAUUUUUAUAAUAUUCUUCAAGUUAUAAGCAUUAUUUUCCUCAACAAGCUGUACACUGACGUUUUGUUCUUGAGUUUUGGUAAUACAUUUUUACAACAAUGAAAAA